UUUCCUUUGGCCAUUUGCAAGCAUUCUUCAUCUCACCAGCAGGCAUUUCACACUCCAUACAUUGCCCUGAAGGUUGACUCGGUGUGUUUCCAAGAAAACAAACCUUCAAACCUGCCGCAGAUUUCUCUACAUCGCUUUGUGAAGCCAUACCACUCUUUGGCGGAGAGUCUUGACUUGUCUCUCUGCUCUGAAGGAAGAGAGACAUCGUAUGGAUGACCUGCCAAUUGCGAGGAAUUCCAUAGCAGAUUGAAUCCUAUAGUGAAUCCCCAAGUGGAUGCCAUUGGCCAUCCCAUAGUUCCAGCAGGAAAACCGCGUUCCAUACGCUAUUUCCUCAACCCUUUUUCGUUGGCGUAGAUUUGCAGUCUGUUUGGGCAUAUGGAAAUUGACCGUCGAUUGCCUCGUGGCAAUGUUUUCAACCCGGAUAGCGAAGACCAGGUACAGGGCGCGUGGCUACGGGAGAACCGCGAUGUUGUUGGCACAACAGUCAUUGCUCCUCGUCGAUCUAGCAGAGCAAAGCGGUCAGCAUCUCAAAUGCGAAGAAGCUCUGAUGGUAGUGGUGAAGCCGCAGUGGAAGAAUCGGAUUCUCCAACUUUAAAGCGAAUUAAACGGUUACAAGGUUUGCUGAGAGAUGCGAGAAGCUCCAGCCCUUCAACUACCACAAGUAGCGACGAUCAGUUGUCCCCUUCUGGCCCUCUCGCACCACAAUAUACCGAUACGACAUUGAUGCGUAUUGCUUGUGGACCUUGCGACAACAAAGAGUGGGAAUCACUAAGCGAUGCAGGUCGACCUCACGCGCAAUCUUGUCAAAACCACGAACCCCCAAAGAUGCGCAAAACAGAUGCUGGCGCCACGACCUAUCAACCAUCUCCGACACCCGAUCGACAAGGAAAACGUAAGAAGCGGGUGCAAGUAAUGAUCGAUCUAUGGGUGCCAUAUCGGACGGUCGCGAAAACAGAGAAUACCCGGAGACAGGGUAAGAAGAGCGCACACGUCGAUGAUAAUCCUGAACGGCGAGUCACCAGAGCGUCUGCGCGGCGGCGGAGCACGGGCGCGGGAAGCGCUACUACUGACGAGGAUGCUGCUCUGGAAGCAUCUUCCGAACCAACGCCAAAAGAUGCGCUUCGAAAUUUGGCUCCUGCUGUGUACGGAGCAUUUGCUUACGCCCAGACGAAGAAAUGGGGCAUAUGGGAUAAGAUGUGGAGACAAAGGGAACAACAGCAGCGGUCCAUGGGGAAGCACAUCGUGACAGAAUCGAAGGCAGCUCGUACCAAGCCUGUCGAAAGAGAAUAUUUUUUUGCUGCAAAGCGCGCAUAUUAUCACACAAAUCUUGGCCUUUUGGAUUCUCCUGGGGCACUCCUAGCGGAAAGCAAAACAGGCAAGGGGUUAAACACGGAUGAGAUGAAAAACAUUCUCGAUACGCAAGGCUUCGUGUACGAAGUCAAGGGCCAAAAGAUUGCCCCCAAGGGACCUAAACGAGGGCUGAGCCGCAUUCUUGAGUCAAGGGAAUGUGGCAGUCUUGCUCCUGGUAGCUCAGGGAUAGUGACGCUGAUGGCAGCGCGUAGCAUCCAUCGUUUCCGCCAAGUUGCAUCUCAUCAGCUUGGUAGUGGGCAUACGUCCGCGUUGCAAUUCGCAAGAGUUCCCUUCGACAUUGAUGGCGAGCGGAUUGAGCAUCGCUUAAUGCUCGCAUCGUCACAUUUGUCAGAUCAGUCCACACAGUACAAUAAGCCAGGAACAGUAAUCAUGUGGGAUGUGGAAUGCGCAGGAUGGGAAGACUCGAAUCCCGAGUUGCUCCGGGCUGUCGGUGAAGCCGAUGAAGCCGAUGUAAUUAGAUCGCACACUUGGACAAGUCCAGAUGGUCAAGUCCUAUCCUCAAAUGUUAUGGACUUGACCUUUGCGACCGACGGUGCGUUUCUCUUCACUGCAGCUGCCCAAGAUCCCGUUGUCAAAGCGUGGCAGUCGCAGGACGGCACGCUAUUUCAGGAGAUGAAAAUGAAGGCAAAGGGUAGAUGGGGAGAUCGCUCACCACGGUAUCGCAACAUGGGCAUGCAAAAACUUACAGUGAAGCCAUCCUCGUCGGAUUGCGUAGUGGCGGGCGCGGGAUAUGAUGGAUCAAUUAGGGUCUUUAGCAUGUGGGCCAAACCUGCGGGGGCUGACGUGACAUGGGGAUAUCAUGACAUGAGCCCAGAUCUCGAGGAGGUCGAGAAGUCUGGCGACGUUUUUCGUGUCGCUACUGAUGUGGCAUUUGGGCAUGACGCUUCCAAGAAAUAUCUUAUCGGAGGAUUUGAAAGAUUUCGAGGAGGUCGAGGAUCAGGCCAGGUCAAAGUCUAUGACUACGAAGUCGGUUCUCUGAUCGGCAGAUUUGACAUUGGCGAGAAUGCGGUAGCAACGCUGCGUGUUUCGCCGUUGGGUAGCUCGCUGCUAGUAGGGACAACAGGCAACGCGCCAUUACCAGGGGAAGAAGAAGCCGAUUUUCAAGAUCAGGGAGACGGGAAACUACGUCUCUUUGAUCUGCGUAACGUGGGUCAGUCAUCUGGGGGACUGAGCUCAGUUCUCACUUUCAACACGGAUCAAACUGAUCACAACGUUGUUGGAUUCAGUCCGUGCGAACAUUACGUUUUCUCCUGUAGCGAUCCCGAUGGGACAAACCGCAAGCCCCAUACUGUAGUCUUUGACCGACGACAUCCCAAAAAGCCCCUGUUGUAUAGCCCUUUGCGAUUGGAACAUCAUGCUCCUCCGCGCGGCAACUCUGGUGAUGGCGUCACCUGUGCUUACUGGACAAAAGGUGGAUUACUCCUGACGGGGGGCCAAGACGAGAUGGUACGCGUGUGGGAUGUGCGUCGAGGAGACCCACUUGUACGUGUUUUGGAUGGACACGCUGGCCCGGUAACAGCCAUGGCAAUGUCGCCAGACGAAGACUGGUUAGCUGUCGGAACAACCACUGGAAAGGUUCACCUAUGGACAAUGCAGGAUCAGGAACAUUGUGUGAAAAUGUGGGAUGACGCUGUUGGGAGGGGAAGACGGUUGGGGGAGAUUCAGGUGGCGUGAAGAAUUCGCCCGCAUUUUUUAAUUAGCGAUCUGGAAAGUUUUUGGCCAUGCAGGGUUUCGAUAUAUGGCGGACUUGCAUGAAGAGUAGUUGAUCGAUUUGAACAAAAAUGGCUGCUUUGUUUUGUUGCAUGCCUUGGAAAGAUGCAUUGGCAAAUAUAUGAACAAUAGUGUGGUAACCUG